UUGUUCUGUCCUUCCCUCGGACAGUGGUGUUGCAUUAAGUUAAAAUUUAACUAUAAAGUUAUGGACUGGGUUGAAGAGAUACGCCAGAAGUUUGAAAUUCUAUGCUUGGAGGCGGAUGGUGUUGUGCAUGAGAGAGUGGGCGCCAAUAUUGAAAACCAACUGCAGACAAUGGGUGCCAAUAUAAAACAACUCUGUUCAGAAUUUGUGCAUGAUGUGAUGCCUUCAUUUUCACCAGAUUUCAUGGAAGGGGUAGGUCCUGAAUUAUCUCCUCAACAAAAUAAAAAUGUUAAUCUCACAACUCAGGAAAGCUCAAUAAUUGGUGUUGAUAUUGACCCUAAGAAGGGACUUGGCAACAAAAACUCUUUGGCCCAUCAAUAUUGUAUGGAACCUGUGGAUGAGAAACAUAUUGAUUUAUUGUCAAAGAAAAAGGAUGAUAUUGGUAUGAGUGAAAAGUUAGAUAUGAGUGUAAUGGAAAAUACCACAGCAAAGAAACCAUUCCCAACGGAGAUUCCAGUAGUAGUUGAUACUGCAGAGAAAGAUUCAAGUUUGACAUUAUUAUUUUGUGGAGUCAACAAAUCUGAUGAUGAAAGAUGGGAUGGUCAAGAUGAUUUGUCAACACCAGUAUCACUAGAUGGAUAUCACUCUUGUAUGAAGGAAGGGGAAACUACUGGACUUACCACAGCUGACAAUUCAAAUGUCCUGCAAUCAGAAAAUUCAGUUAUUUUAGUUGAGUCCUGCAAGUGUAGAGUUUCUGGUAUUGGACAUACUUCAGUUGAUGCUUACUCAGAAAUAUCAAGUGAUUCUUGUUGGCUUGGGUUUGAGCUACCCAAUGAAGUUUGUGAAUCAGAAUAUGUUUCCAUUGCAGAUUCUGUUGCAGAAGGAUCAGACAAUGUCAGUGCAGAAAAGUUCACAGAUGGUCAAGUUAUUGGACCAGCCACGGAAACCACCCAUUUUAGUGAACUAAAGCUUGAUGAGAGUUGUGUUGUGGUGGAUAGCGCUAAAUUUUGUUCUGUUUGUCUCAGAGCAGCAAAAAGUCAAUCAUACAAGGUGCAUGACCCCUCUCUUUUGAAUUCAGCGUUCUGUUUAAAAUUUGGUGCCAUAAUUAAUUUAUAUUACGAUUUUGUAGUUUGAAACAAAUAUUUUGAAGUAUAUUAAUAUAUGACUUAUGGAUUCAUUCUUGUAAACAUGGUUGUUAGAAUCUUACUACUCAUAAUACAUUCCAAUACGAGUUUCAACCAAACUGAUUUGU